CUUCUUAAUAUGUCCCCACUGUGUCUUUGCUUAAUAGAUAUAAGGCUAUUUGUGUCCUUAUGGUUCUUGGGUGGGUGACAUAACUAUGGGAGAUGAAGCUAACAUUUGAGUAGCAUUGACUUGAGACAUAUUUAUAUCCAACAAGAAAUCUGCUACAGUUGGUGCCUUGUGUGUGGAAUAGCUGCGGGUAAAGUUAUGUGUAGUUCAUCCUAUGAAACAGGAUUGUUGCAAUAAUGAUGAAAAAAGUUGCCAUUGUUGAACAGCAGUUUUCUAAUGAUGAUGUGAUUUAUGAUUUAAAAGGCCUGAACCAAUAUGGAUGUUAUACCUUGCAUCAGAAGUAUAGCACCAACACCUAAUUAGAUCUCUCCUGAGCCCAAAGUCUCACUGAAUCCAACUCUUCCUUGAUGAUGAAGUUUGGUUUUUGAGAUAAAUGAUAUAACAUUAAACUCAAGGUGGUUGAGUCUCAAGCAGUAGGGAGGCGGAAGCAAGCCAAGGGAGCCUCUCUUUCUGCAGGAGUGGCGAGCGCUCCGUCCCCCCCCCAGAUCCCGCGGGACACUCUGAAGACACCGGGACUGUACUUACUUUGUGGGGUUUUUGAUGCACUCUGUUCUGUGGCUAUUUGUUUAUUUUAUUUUAUUUUUAUAAAAAAAAACAAAAAAAACAAUGGAGUUUAUUGUGGGGGAGACGAUGGAUAUUUGACUUGUAUAGCAUAGCAUAUAUUUAGGUAAUUGAGUCUUAAAAAUGGAUACCAUCCCCAAUGUGGUCUGGAGGGCAAGGGGUUUCCUAUCGCAUCUUUUGAAACGGGUCCAGCUGUUUGCCAUAGGGGAGGUCCGUAAGUGCUAGUGCAUGCAUAAAGGCUGGCCUGUUUUAUUCUCAAGUUAUGUCUCCUCUCAGCUAGCUAUGCCAUGGCUUUAGGCCUCAAUGACAAAAUGUCAACCAAGGGGGUGGAAUCUAGGCUAGAGACUGACUUAGUGUUCAAUGAAGGUUAUAUACUAAGGCACCAAUAACUCAAUUUACUACUAAAUUCUAAAGCUAAAUCUCCUUUUUAGUCAUUCUUGACUCCAUGGACAAUAGAUUGUAGUAGCUAAAAGAGCAAGCUACAGCUUGAGUAAGCUGUAAGGGUAAACAGGGAUGUGGUUGACAGAACCCACCCCCUCCACCUAGCCGGUUCCCCCUCUGUAUUGACUGGCGUGUCGUCUCCCCUCUCUUCUCCCCCCCGGCUGUGUGUGUUGCAGAACCCGGACAGUAAAAUGAUGCAGAUCAACCUGACGGGGUUCCUGAACGGUAAGAACGCCCGCGAGUUCAUGAAGGACCUCUGGCCGCUGCUGCUGAGUGCCCAGGAGAACAUUGCCGGAAUCCCCACGGCUUUCCUCGAGCAGAAGAAAGAGGAGAUCAAACAGAGACAGAUUGAGCAGGAGAAACUGGCGUCUCUGAAGAGGAUGGAUGAAGAUAAGAAGGAGAACAAAGAGAGAGCUCAGUCCAAAAGCCCCAGGAGGAGGAAGUCCCGCUCCCCGUCCCCUAGGAGGCGCUCUCCUCCCAGGAAAGAGCGCAAGCGCAGCCCCUCUCGCUCACCGCGUCGCAAGCCCAGCCCUCUAGUGUCGCCCCCAGCCUCACCGCCCAAAGCCCCAGAGGAGCCGCAGCCCGAGCCUGACCAAUCAGAGGCCUCCAAGCCACCGCUCCUCAUCCAGGAAGCUUCCUCCACCAGUGAUGUUGUGAAAGAGGUGGUGAAUCCGGACUCAGUCACCGAGGUCAAAGAGCCUUCCCCAGAGCCAGUGGUCAAGAAGGACGAGCGUCCCAAGGAACGACCCCGCGAGCGCGAGAAGGACGGCCGGAGGGACCGGCCACGGCAUCGCUCACGCUCACGCUCCCGUUCCCGGAGACGACACAGGUCUCGCUCCCGGUCCUACUCUCCCCGCCGGAGGUCCAGCCCCCGCAGACGCAUGUCCCCACGCCGCAGAAGCCCCCCUAGACGCCCCCCUCCCGGCCCCAGACACAGACGCAGCAGAUCUCCAGUGCGCAAGCGGCGCUCCCGCUCCGCAUCUUCCUCAGGCAGCUCUUCCUCCUCCUCCCGCUCGCCCAACAAGAAGCACGCCAAGCGCUCGUCCAACACGCCUCCCCGCAAGCAGCAGCAGCAGCUGCCUCGGCCGGGCGAUCUCUCCGCCAGCCCGUCGCGCAGGCGAGUCCGCCCCUCCCCGGGCCCAGACGGCGCGGGCUCCCCGGGCAAGAGCAGGCGCUCGGCCUCCCCCCACGCCAGGAAGGGGCGCGCCAGCUCCGGCUCCCCCGGCAAGUUCUCAGGUGCGAAACGAAAACCAACUGGAAGGAACAAGUCCCCAUCCCCUGUCCCCAAACACAGGCGCUCUGACCUAUCUGAAUCUGAGGAGGAUAAAGGUGGGAAGGGGGCCACGGCCGAUUCUGUGCAGCAGCGACGUCAGUAUCGCAGGCAGAAUCAGCAGUCGUCUUCAGCAGAUUCAGGGUCCUCCUCCUCCUCUGAGGACGAAGGUGCCAGACGGCCAGUCCGAGGAGGACCUCCGGCCAGGAACGGCGAGGCUUGGAGGCGACGGAGUCCUUCACCCGGCUCCCCAAGAAGACGACACAGAGACGGCUCUCCCAGGAAAAGACGGAGUCCCUUGCCAGCAGGGCGGCGCCACCGCUCCCCUUCUCCCCCCAGACGCCGCCGAUCACCCUCUCCCCCUCCCAGACGCAGGUCCCCCUCUCCUCCUCCACGCAGACGCUCCCCGUCCCCCCGCCGCUUCUCUCCCGCCAUCCAGCGGCGCUACAGCCCGUCUCCCGUGCAGCAGAAGAGCCGGCCCUCGGGCUCCUCGCCACCCAGACGCCGGGCGUCUCCUUCCCCGGGGGCCAAGCGCCGGCCCAGCUCGCGCUCGCCCAGGCGCCGCAGCAGCCCCCCCGGGCAGAAGAGGCGCACGCCGCCGCCGCCCUCCAUGUCGCCCCCACAGCGCCAGCGUAGAAGCUCACCGCCCAGCGCGUCUCGGCCCGCCAGAGACUCCCGGCUCUCUCCCUCUCCCGCCGGCCGAGGCCAUCCUCACCCGUCGCGGGGGUCAGCCAGCCCCCAGGGCCGCUUCCCCCACUCCGGCUCACCGCAGCAGGCCCGCGGCCAGAGGCAGCAGUCCCCCUCUCACAACAACCGCCCCAUCCGCAGGGUCUCCCGCACCCCAGAGCCACGCAAGACCCAAAAUUCUCAGAGCCCCCAGCCGAUGAGAAGGGUGUCCUCUCGCUCUCGGUCACCUCCCUCACACCCUCCGCCUCUAAAGCGGCCGGCUCCUGGCUCCGCAUCGCCCUCUCCGUCCCGCUCGGUCAGCGGAUCACCUCCUCCCCCCGCCAGGAAGGCCAGCAGCGGCUCUGCCAGUCCAUCUCCUAACAAGACGUCCGACGCUGAGGCUGGUGGGAAGAAAAAGAAGAAGAAGAAGGAGAAGAAACACAAGAAGGAGAAGAAGCACAAGAAGCACAAGAAGCACAAGAAGGAGAAGGGCGCCGCAGCAGAGGCCGAGGCUGAGCCGGAGGCCGAGACUGAAGAUGGACCGGCCCUAGCAGAGCAGGAGGGUGAGGCAGAUGGCGACUCGUCCCCGAAAAAGGAAUCAGACAGUGAAGUAGACGACAGUCUGGAUGACUUGGAGAGACAACUACGUGAAAAGGCCCUGCGCUCCAUGAGGAAGGCACAGAUGUCCCCACCACCCUCCUGAGAAACAGCCUCCAGACUCUUCCCUCUCCAUUUCUUCCUCUCCUUCCUCUCCCUGUGAUUUUUUUUCUUUUCACUUCAGUUUGAUGUUGGUUCAGCUUUAGAAUGUACAAAUUGUUGAUGCUCUAAGUUUAUUUUUAAUGCGUUGGGUACACAGUGAAAUGGGACUUUACUGAGUGGGGAGUAGAGCUGCUUUUUGUUACAGCAUGGCCCCCAUUACUGUUUUAAUUUCCCUUUGCCCUGCCCCAUAAGACACUGUACAUGUAACCGAAUUGUUAAGGUUUGUUCAAGUCUCUUUGCUCCCUCCAUUCCUGUAUCUUUGUUUUAUACAUGACAAGUGAAGGAAACUAGAGAAUUUGGUUUGUGUAUACCUCGCGCAGGUUAACAGAGUACAGGUGGUGGGGGAUGUUCUGUGAUUGCAUGUGCAGAAGCACUGAGUGUCUAACCUCCUGUGUGCAUGAAGCUGAUGGUAAACCAAAAAAGAUAAAAUAAUCCAGUGAUGCAGAUCAAAGCUGCCACCUCGCCCUUCAACCGCAGUCCUUUGGGGACCAGUUUCGGCCCCACUGUGCUGAGGUCGUAUUUCCACAGAACAAAACAGAAUCAUUGGUAUGAGUGUGAUUUAUUUUUUUUGCCCUCUUCUUUUUUUUGGUAACUUUUUAAGUUGUUUGAAAUGUAAUGUAAAUUCUGACUUUGAAAAAGUCACAUUAAAAAGAGAAAACCUUUA